AGAAUUUUCUAAACUUCUAACAAACCAACGGAGACCUGAGAGACGAUGGGAUCAAGAAGCAACUCAGAAGAGCAGUUCACUUUGGAUACUAACUACGUGCCACCAGAUACAACGGACUUUGAGACUCAACAAGUCAUGGCAAGACUUGCGGCUAUUGAUGAGAACAAUGAUCAGCGUGAUGGUGGUGAUGAUGGAAACAAGCAAGGUCGCAAAAGAAAGCUGAUCAGUCUGGUCGAUUCAGAAGAGGAUGAUGAUGUUGAAAUAACUCCAACAACCCAACCGAGGAAGCCUCCUAGAAAGACCAGUUUUGGAACAGCCUCGCAGAAACCCAUGUACCAAUCCACUCUGGAUGGAGGUAGUGGCUCUUCCGCACAGGCGUGUAGUCAGAAGAAGACUGUUCCUCUGAAAUCUGUGAUUCAUGGAGGGAGGAGAAAGGCAGAGCCUCGGGGCUCGUCUACUCUGUCGCGGAAAAACAAAGCACCGAGUACUCAGUCCCGGAAAAACAAAGGACCGAGUACUCAGUCGCUGAAGAAGAAGAGCAAGAUCCAAGAGGAGAUACCAGAUUUUGAUGAUGAACUACUAGAAGAUGAGUUGGACGAGGAUGAAGCCGGUGUGGAUGAAGCCGGUUUGGAUGUAGCUGGUUUGGAUGAUAUGGAGAGUAGGCAACGAUCAGAUGUGUGGAAGGAUUUCACGGUGGUUGAAAAACGUAAUGGCACUAUGAAAGCUGUGUGCAAUCAUUGCAGGAAUGAGUAUGCAUGGUAUUCUCACUCGCAUGGAACAAGUGGGCUGAGAAGGCAUCGGUGGAGAUGUAAAAUGUAUCCAAGGAAUACUGGAAGGCAGCAACAACUCAAUACUGAAGGGAAAGUAGUAUCUCGCAAGUAUGAUCAUACUGUGUUCAGACAGAUGAUAGCAAAGACAAUAGUCCAGCAUGGUCUACCUUACGCGUACGUUGAGUAUCAGAAAGUUAGAGACACAUGGGCGUAUUUAAAUGCUGAUGUCCAAACCAUUUGUCGAAACACAGCGAGAGCAGAUGUGUAUCGAUUAUAUGAAAGUGAGAGAGACACACUCAAGAGGGAAUUAGGGAGUCUUCCUGGACGAGUGUCCUUCACAUCUGACUUGUGGACAUCAGUGAAACGAGAAGGAUACAUGUGUGUGACAGCACAUUACAUUGAUCGGAAUUGGAAGUUGAACAGCAAGAUCCUGACGUUUUGUGCUCUACCACCACCACAUACUGGUAUGAAUGUUGCUGUUCAGCUCCUUGAAUCACUGAAAGAAUGGGGAAUUGAAAAGAAGGUUUUCUCGGUCACACUAGAUAAUGCUACGAGUAAUGACUCGAUGCAGGAUAUUGUGAAAUCGCAGCUGAAUUUGAAUGAUGAUUUGUUAUGUGGAGGAGAGUUUUUUCAUGUGAGAUGUGCAGCUCACAUACUUAACCUCAUUGUGCAAGAUGGGUUGAAGGUUAUUGGAGACUCUUUGCAGAAAGUAAGAGACAGUGUUAAGUAUGUUUUAGGAUCGGAAACGCGUGAACAGCUGUUCCACAAAUGUGUGGAUGCUGCCGGUGUAGUAGAAGGUGGAUGGCUUAUACUGGACGUGCCGACAAGAUGGAACUCAACUUACUAUAUGCUUGAAAGAGCCAUCAAGUACCGUAAAGCAUUUGUUAAGUUAGAGGCAUUUGAUAAGAAGGGUUAUAAAACGGCGCCCACAGCUGAGGAAUGGACUAGAGCAGCCAAUAUUUGCGAUUUUUUGGGUCCUUUUGCUGUGAUCACAAGCUUGAUGUCUGGUUCGAAUUACCCGACAGCAAACUUGUUUUUCUAUCAGGUUUGGUUGAUCCAUGAUUGGCUUCGGAGAAAUGAGGAAAGCCAAGACAAGAUUGUCAGAAACAUGGUGCCACCGAUGAAAGAGAAGUUCGACAAAUAUUGGGACGAAGUCAGUGGUGUUUUUGCAAUGGCAGCAGUCUUUGAUCCACGGUUUAAGCUUUCUAUUGUCGAAUGUUGUUUAGGGAAGCUUGACAUGAGGACUCGUGAUGCAAAGGUGAAGAAUCUGCGUGACAAGCUGAGUAUUCUGUUUGAGUCAUACGACAAAAAAUCCAAGAAUAACUCGCCUUCCACUGAGCCUCGUGAGACUGCUUCGCAAAAAGCAUCUGACUCAGGGUCAAUGGGGCUGUUUAUGAACUACAAUGAUUUCUUUGCAUUUCGCCAAACCAGUGGCAUUGUGAGUGGAAAGACACCUCUACAAGCUUAUCUUGAAGAACCACCUUUGGACUUUACUAAUUUCCAAAGCUUGGACAUCCUCGAUUGGUGGAAAGAUAAUGCGCAUCGGUAUGGUGACUUGGCUGCAAUGGCAUGUGAUCUGCUAAGUAUUCCAAUCACAACAGUGGCUUCGGAGUCUUCUUUCAGUAUUGGAUCGCGAGUUCUGAAUAAAUAUAGAAGCCGUCUACUCCCAAAAAAUGUGCAAGCUCUCAUAAGCACUAGGAAUUGGAUCAAGGGAUACGAAUCUUAUGCACAUGAUGAAGAAGUCGAUGGUGAUGGUGAAGAAGAGAAUUUACCAUCAUUUGAGUCCAUUGUUGAUGGGGAAGGUGAAGAUGAGUAGAUCGCGAGUUUGAAAUGUUAUUUUGAUUUGGUGUUUUGCUUCAAUUACAAUUUAAGAUUUUUUUAUUUAAAGUGCUUGGUUUUGUUUUGAGUACUGAUUUGGAUCAUUUGGUGUUUCUAUGAAAUUUACCUUGGUUGAAACUUGGCUUUUCAUCUUUAACAUGCUGUUGAACUUCAUGAACUUCAAAAACCAAAAAAAAAUCAAGAACAAUAACAAUAUAUGUAAAAUUUUGUUUUCAGUUCCAAUAAUAGAUUCAUGUCUUCACGUAUGAUGUAUCUUCACAUAGGGGAGCAGCAAGCAGUGUCGAGACACAUCCUUAUGCACUCCUUUUACGUUCAGCCCGCGGGACGGCUUGUAAGGGACUGUGAACAUGGGCGGUACGGGAUUGGGACGGCCUUUUGGAGACCGCAGCCCGCGCGGGACGGGCCCGCCUGAACCCGCGAGAUGACGAUCCCGCCGCGGUACGGGACGGGACGACCUGUUUGACAUCACUAAUCUUACAUCAUAUUUCUUUUAUAGAAUUCCAUUACUGUUUUAUCAUCAGUUCUACCAAUCAACCCCUCAGUUGGAUAGUGGUUCUAAUAUUCACAUUCCAAUAUUCUGUCUUAAUUAAUGGAAUACUGCAAAGAAAAUAUCACGUCAAUGUCUACGUCAACGGGAUCCUCUGUCUCCGUAUUUGUAUAAUAUUGUGCUGAUACGAAAGAAAAAAACAAUGGCAUUAAAGUAUUUUGAGUAUUUCUUAGCAUGGUGGUUGGUGGAUGGUGGAUGCGAGAAAUGUAAGCAAGAUUUCUUAAAAAGUAUUUUGAGUAUUUCUUAGCAUGGUGGUUGGUGGAUGCGAGAAAUGUUUAGGUUUAUCUGAACAAUUUAAAAAAGGAAGUAAAUGUAACCGUACUUGUAAAUCGAGUUAAACAACAUACCCAUUUGAUUUCCAGAAUUUUGUGUCAAACAUGUCAAGAAAUUAUGUUGAAAACAGUGGCAAUUGAAACUCUAGUUUAUUCGAUUGCCGUGUUUUAAUCUACCAGCCAAUACCACGAUCAACAACAUGGUAUUCCAUGUGUAACCUGGAAAAAAAUCAAUAUACAAAGAAAGAAGAGGACAUUGGUUUCAGAGAUUUGGCCCAAUUUAAUGAUGCAUUACUUGCAAACCAAGAAUAGAGGUUACUCAAUAAACCGGACUGUUCAUUUGCGAAACUAUAUAAGACCCAAUAUUUUUGAGAUCGUCUUCUGUUUGAAG